AUGGCUGCUGCAGUUGCUUCCCUAUUCGGAUACAAAUCCUCCCCAGAAAUCAAGAAACCUCAAAACACUUCCAAUGGUACAUUUAAAGCUCUUCCAGCUUCUUGGUACAGCUCACCAGAGCUGUACGAGCUGGAACGAAGGGCAAUCUUCUCCAAGAAAUGGAUCCUGACCACCCACAAAUUACGCUUCACCAAAGCCGGCGACUUCCUGAAGAUCGAAGAAGCAGGAUUUUCCUUCGUAUUGACCCUCGACCGAGAAGGCAAACUGAACGGCUUCCACAACAUUUGCCGACACCGAGCAUUUCCCCUCAUCUCAGAAAGUGAGGGCAAUGCAAGAAUUCUCUCUUGCAAAUACCACGGCUGGUCCUACGGUCUGAACGGAAAGCUUGCCAAAGCACCGAAAUUCGAUGAGGUCCCAGAUUUCGAUAAGCAGAGUCAGAGCCUAUUCCCAGUGCAUGUGCAUGAGGACAAAUUGGGCUUUAUCUGGGUCAAUCUGGACGCAUCUCCAAAUCCAAUUCCUUGGGAAGAAGACUUCAAAGGAGUGGAUGAGCAAGAACGUUUCCAGAAAUAUGAUUUCAGUCAGUACAAGUUUGAUCAUACUUGGCAGAUGAAUGGCAACUAUAACUGGAAAACGUUGGCUGAUAAUUACAAUGAAUGUUAUCAUUGUACUGUUGCCCAUCCUGACGUGGCCAAUCUGGCUGAUCUUUCAUACUAUUAUACCAUCUCAACACCGGGACAUAUUCAGCAUUUCUCCCGACCGCAAGAAGGCAAAGUGUCAGAAGAUAUCCAGAAUGCCAGCACUUAUUAUUUUCCCAAUGCGUGCAUGACUGUCUCGCCACACUUCUUUUAUAUGAUGCGAUGCGUCCCCACAUCUGCUGGAACCUGCUCGAUGGAAUAUGAAGUUUAUCGACACAAGGAAGCCUCGGAUGAGGACUUUGAGCACAUCGAUUCAUUCUUUAAGCGUGUUCUGGACGAGGAUAAGCAUCUUUGCAAUGCGGCCCAAAAGAACUUGAAUGCUGGAGUGUUUGUCAAUGGUCAGCUGCAUCCUCGUCUUGAGAGUGCACCUCUAUAUUUCCAGAACACGGUCAGAGCUCUUCUCACUUCUCACAGAGAUGAGGAGAGGAGUGAGAAGCGGGAGAUUUGGCCAGCACGACAGCAUUCAGCGGGACAGGCUACCGCGGAGGACAUUGCCUUUUGUGCCGGGUUAUCAUGCUCUGGUGAAGGGAAUGGACAAUUAGAAUGGAGUGCUGAUGACGAUAGCUCAACCCGCCAAGUUGGAAUUCCCCGCUCGAGUCCAGAUGAGCUUCCUAGUCGCGAAAAUACUUCAGAGUCAAAUGAAGUACAUGAGACAAUAACACAGCGACGCAUCUCCAGUGAAAUAGCUCCUCAAAUUGCGAACCCGUUGCCCUUUUCGAUGCCUCCCAAGGGUAUUGUGGCGGAGGGCAUCUCUCUUUACUUCAAAUACUGUCACAAACAACCUUUGUGGCUUUUUGAUCCUGAUGAGCUGUCAAUUCCGGAAGCCUGCCGCAGUGAGGUGAUAUUCGGCACCCUCAGUCUCGCUUUGCGAUACUCAAAUAAUCCUUUUCUGGAGGGGCGAACUGAUCAAAUGUGUCGACAUUACGCUGAAGCUGCGCGCAGCUAUGUCAUGUUUCGAAUUGCUCAGGGCACUGUGGAUUUAUCAACUAUCAAGAGUUUGUGCCUUAUCACUCUGGCCGAAUAUAUUGCAAAUGAUACUCAUCUCGUUUGGCUUCAUAUCGGUCUUGCUGCAAACCUCGCUCAGUGCGCCGGUAUUGACAUCGAAAUGCAUGAGGGCGAGCUAGAUCCUAUACUAGAAGCACAGAGAAGGGUAUUUUGGAGCAUCCAUCUUCUCAAGCAGCACUACGCUCCGCACAGUAUGCAACUGAAUAUGCUGCGAGAUAUUCAUAGCCCAAAAUACAUGGCUGUCAACAUUGACUCACCCCGAGAAAUGGGUAUGAAGCCACCACAAACACCCCAGGAAAAUGGCGCCUUCACAUCUCGAGGAGAUAUUUGGGUUUAUAUGGUGCAGCUGGCUACUCUUUGGAGUGAAGUUCAACAAUACGUUUCGCAUUGUGCUAGUGGAUACUCCACACCUCCGUGGUCGGUAGAGUCUGGCUAUUCCAUCAUUGGGGCCCAUCUGAUGGAUAUGGAGACCAAAUUACCCACUUGCCAUCGAUAUGACUCGGUGAGAUUUCAAGAUAAAUCGCGAGAAGAAUUACAUCGUGACCGAGGGUUCUGGAGCCCCUGGCUUUAUCUCCAGUUCACCUAUCACGCCGUGCACAGUGUGCUCAAUCACCCAUUCCUGUACUCAUGGCGUCCGCAGCAAUCUUCUCAACUGGCUGUGCCGAACACAUUUUGGAAGACGUCCUCUGAAUUGGCUUUGAUACACACGACAUGGACCGUUCGGUUAAUCACUAUGAUCAUCGAAAAGGACUACGAAGUUUCCGAUCCUUUUCUUUGCCACGCAGUGGCUAUUGCAGCUACAAUUCAUCUCUAUUAUUGCUGUGCGGCAGAUCCAGCCAUGAGAGAUUCCGCCCAACGAAAGCUAGAGACCUGCACACAGUUUCUAAGUGAUCUGGCUUCAAAAUGGCCCAGAUGCCAGGCAUUACAUCAAAAAGUUCAAGAUCUCGUUCAAUCAGCCUUCGCUGUCAGCCCCCGUUCAAGCAACCACCCCCAAACUCGGCGAACGUUAUCUAUAGAUACAGCCUUAAUGUGGGACAUCCUCUGUCACAGCUCCAGCAAAGCAGCAUUCGCUCCUCCAGGAGAUGGUCUCUUCGAUGCCUCAUUUACACCCCCUCCAUCCAAAAAUCCAGACAAGGUGACAGUCGAAACUGAAAUCUUCCAUCACUCUGCCAGGGCAGUGGAUACAUCUAAUGGAGGUCAAGCGUUGCCACCAUACUCAAGCACAAUGCGCGAUCGAGCAGCUUCCGAGAACUCUGAUACUGAGACUUGGACUCGGAGUAACAUGAUUACCGUUGAUAACGGCACAAAUCACCCACUUCGAGAGCCAAUGGGAUGGUCCGGACCAGGGAUCCCGGCUGAUAUGUCUUUUAUGGACAUUUCACAUGAUCCUUUCUUUCAGUUUCAAGACAGCGAGAAUCCUUAUCAGGGUGUUUGGGAAGUGGGAAAUUUGUAG